UAGACCCUGCUCUGAAUAAACUUCGAUAUUGCAAUCUCAUCGUAAAAUGCAAUACUCUAUACAAAGCUAUGGGGGUCCAUAUUAAAAACCAAGAGCUCGACUACUCUAUCUAAAGUAAGUUUUACAAAAUGGACACAAAAUGAGUAGGUCUGCCCGAUCAUGCCGAUGCUCCUAUCCUGUGCUUGCAUGUGGAGUCGGGGCCGGGGGGAGCCCGAAUGUGACGUCACUCAACAUGGCUGCCAUGGACAUGGCAGAGUGGUCCUUAGUGAAAGAUGGAAGGUUAUACUUGGGAGAGGAAACCUCUGCUCUCACUUACCACCCGAAGCUGAAUACAGUUUUAGCAGUUACUGGAGGCUCUGGUGUACGAGUUGUAGACGUUAACUCUGGUGUGACACUGCAAAAUUCAACACUUUCCGCUCAAGGUGACGGUCCCAUCCAUUGCCAGUACCUGAGUGAGACUGACCAAGUGUUUAUGACUGAUGGCCGGGCCGUGGGACUGAGGAAGGACCUGAGUGGCGUCUUGCUCCUGGACUCUGCCCUACAAACAGCUGUCACCAACAGUGAGGAGACUAUAGUGAUUGAGCUGCCUUACCUAGAGGCGUGCCACCUUCUGGAAUGUCUGAAAAAGUCCCUCAAGCCCGCCUCCAGUCAGCAGGAGUACGUGGACGAGGUGCAGUCCAGGCUGGAGUCAGAGCUUAGUCUCGUUGGCAACUCUGUUAAAACUGAGUCUCACCACAAGGUCACCAAAUGGGCCACCAUCCAGCUCCGGGUCUCGCUGUGCGCCUUACGCUCUGUCUGCCGCAGUCUCCUGGACGAGCUGCGUCGCUCCAAUCAGCAUGUCACUGGCCUGUCCAUUGCUGCGGCCAUUGCUGACCGGUUGCAGGCCCUGUAUCCUGAAUCUGGCCGCAGCACUGUGGGCACCCAGACGGUGGACAGGGCUCAGAUGUACAGCGAAGCAGCCAGAAGGGAAACCUUCCUGACAUGGCCUCACAUGAACUACAAGUGGGCACUACCAGAACCUAUGGCACAGGCUGGGUUCUACCAUCAGCCAAGUGGAGCCGGUGAUGACCGAGCCAUGUGUUUUACAUGUAGUGUGUGUCUAGUCUGCUGGGAACCAACCGACGAGCCAUGGUCAGAGCAUGAGAGACAUUCCCCUAAUUGCCCUUUUGUUCGCGGUGAACCAACUGAGAACGUUCCCUUUUCCUUUACGCUAGCCACAGGACCUGCCCAGCUGCAUGGAGAUGGUAGUCAGAAGAUUACCUGUGUUGGCACUUCCUCUUGCCCGCAUCUGAUGGUCACAUCCAGUCGCCAUGGCAAUGUCAGUCUCUGGGAUGUGGCCAAUCAGCUGACACUGAUCUCGAACUUUCAAAUUGAUCCGGAUGACCCCGCUUUGACAGGCAAGGCGGCAGAUUCAGAGGAGGCCGUUGACAGGAGGCCACGGACAAAGAUACCCGAGGCAUGGGUGGAGGAGACCAGUCUGACGGAAAUCAAAGGAAAUACAAAGGAGGAUGAAAAUGCCAAUCUAAGCAAAUGCAGCCAGAGUGUGUCUGGAGAAGACGAGGAACAAGACCAAGAUCAGGCUCCCCAGGCUGCAGUCUCACUCCAUCAAGAGAUAGCAGCCAAAGAGAAGAGCUACGGCACCAUUGAGGUGAUCGAGGUAGGUGGAGCGUGGCGAAACAUCAGUGAGUCCCAACCAAGCCCCGGCAUCGAAGAAGCUGCUGUCAUGCCUGAACCCAAAGGAAACCCCAAAUCUUCCACCAAGCUCAUUGUGUCGGCCCUGGGCAUCCUUCAAGGUCUGCCCAAGGAGCCGUCCGCCAGCUCCUCGCACUCGAAUGCUCCCAGCAGUGACGAUCUUCUCAGCAUCCCCUGCCUAGUAGCAGCGCUCAGUAUACGGAAACCAAACAAGACAGAUCACGCGGACAGCAUCAAGACAAUUCCUGCGGAGGACUGCAGAGAUGACCAAUCCCUGGCAGCCAUGGCUUCUCGGGGUAGUAAUCCAUUCACUUCGGCAUUUGAGAAGAUCCGCAUUGCCGAAGACACAGGACCAAUAGAUGAAGCAGGCCUAGGUGUGGAUAUUUCAAACAGAAAAUUUGAAUUUGCUGACGCCUACCUAGGGGACGAAGUGGAUGCCGGGGAUGUUGGAAAAGCCAGCGAAACAGACUCAGGUUCUCGGCAUCGAAAGUGUUUAAUCAUCUACGCUGCACCGCCAUUAGUUAAAAAUAUCGCUGUUCACAAGAAGAGUACUGAUAAAUCCAAAGGGGCUUUCAGCAUGCAAGCUGGGCAGUCAACUCUGCAAAAGAUGUAUAUGUCGCAGAUUCUUGAAAUGGAAGAAGAGCAACAAGCACUAGUUGAGGAGCCCAUGGGCAUUGAGGAACUCACUGCCGACCAAACAUCAAGCUUAACACUUGUCGACGGUGUGCAUGCAAAAACCUUUAGGACCAGCGAGGUUGCCCUGCAGUGUAUAGAACUGCCGGCGUGCACUCAGUGUGACGAUUUGUGGGUGACCUCGGUGGCUUCCUGCCCUGACAAGAAACAUGUACUGGUGGUGGUGGGACCGCAUGACGGACAAUUAGGCAACGCUGAAAUGGUAGCCAAAUCACAGUGCAAUACUUUAGCAACAGAGAAAGUAUGUGAGAAGCAGAAUGACCUGAACAAGGAAAGCAACUGCAGUACUGAUGAGGCGGGUACAGGAUUGGGCAUUGACAGUGCUGGCUCUUUUGACCCCAGCGUGAGGCAGGUGACGUCCGAAGCUGGGUGCGAUCCUGUCGAGUUCGGCUUCAACCAAGCCAGCUUUGUACUGAUUUAUCAAAUCAAGACUCAGGAUGGUGCGACGGUGCUACAGCAAGACCCGGUCGCAGUCCAUAGGAUUAACUCCUCUGACGAGAUUAUCAAGUCCCUGGUUCCCUUACCGGUGGACCUGUGCGACGUCGCCAGCGACGAAGAGGGCGAGCCCUCGCUCCAGGACCCUUCAUCAUCCGAGGCCAUGCCCAACUCAGACAUGGGAUCCAUAACCGCCGAACUAGCAGCACUAAGUUUGGACGAACCAGAUGCCAAAUCUCCCAACAAGCAGCUUGGGACAUGCGCCUUGCUCACAAGAAGCGGCACCCUUCGAAUCAUGGAUAUAUCAACCUGGUCUAUCUUGGCCACCUACCCUACCCCACAGAAACACCCUCAGUCCACUGGAAGUGACCGAUUCAUCACACUAACGUACUGCACUGGCAUGGAGAGGCUAUGUGUGUAUACGGAAUCAGGACACGUUCUGUUCAUACAGCUGCAGGCCAAAAAGACCCAUGGAGUUGGAGGCCGUGGGAAGACAGUCAAGAAGCCUACCCCUGAACAGGAGGUAGCUGCUGAGGAAGAGACAGAUGCUCCAGAAGAGAAACAAGUUGGGGAUGAGUUCCUGGCCAACCAGCCCAUUUCCAUGAAGAACCUCAGCAUACUGUGGCAGCUGACCCAGUUUGAGACCCUGGUGCCACGGUUCUCGGCCACCGUGCCUCCUUGCUGGGUGGAGAUCCAGCAAGAACAGCAGCAACGACGCCACCCACAGCACCUGCACCAGCGGCAGCAGGGUGACGCCACGCAGCACACACGUACCUGGAAACUGCAGCCCGACAGUUCAAGUUGGAAGGAGCACCUGUUUGAGCUUGUCCUGCCUAAAUCCUGCUGUGUAGGCCAUGUGGAUGUCAAGUUCAGCCUGCAUGCCAGCUGUCCCUCUGCUCCCCGGAUCUAUCUGACCCUACUCAAGCAGAGCGGCACCCAGUGCAAGAAGGGCAAAGAGAAAGAUUCCAUGAACAUCAAGUCCCCUGCCGUUGAUGCAAAGAUAGACUUCAACAUGGAGUCAUCCACCUCUGAGCCCAAAGUGCAGAAUGUGGACAUGGACUUUGGCAACCCCCCGCCUGUGCCCGGAACCUGCAGAUCAGACCCCGAAGCAUUCUACGGAGAUGCCGUGACCCAGUCAGCCUACCUGCAGAGCCACCUGGAAGACAUCCUGUGCGGUCCCUGUUACAUGGAAUGCUUCGUGGACAUGCCCAGUCACUACGGCACCGUCACCUUGACCAGUCGCCAGCUGAUGCUGUGCAAGAGCAGGUCUUUCCUCUUGCACAUUUUUGCAUUGGACACCACCGAGAACGAGGCCAACUCAAAGACCAAGGAAUCUGGUAAAGAGAAAGGUAUGUCUUCACUCCUGCUGAUGAACGAAGAAUGA